GUGCGUCUCCGUGUUGGUGUUUGUUUACGUCUUCUAUUUUGACCAAACCUUGCUGAAGAAGACGCUCAAGGCAUCUUCACUGGCGUUUGCAGCUGUGAGCUCAUCAGCCUUUUGUGCGCUCGUGUGUGUGUGUGUGUGUGUGUGUCUAAACUCCGUGUGACAUAUGCCGCUGCCGCUGCGUUCCACAGUAUUUCUCUGGAGCCUUGUGACGUUAACACAAGGUCAAAUAGGGAGAGCAUCUGGUCGGCGAGAUGAAAAGUAUUUGAGGAAUGUCAGGGAGCAGCUGGAUGCACUCGCACACAUGCAAAAAUAUGGACACACGUCUACAAAUGCUUUCACAUGCAUAAACACUCAUUUGCUACAGUCACUCAAUGUCUCUCUGUCUCUCUCUCGCUCUCGCACUCACUUCCUCUCACGUAAAUGCAUUGCAGUGCAGUGACAGCGGCAGCAGAUAGGGGUCGCUGUAUGACCGCGGGAGCCGUCUGACCAAUCCUCUGGCAGGUUAUUCGGAGCCCGGCUUCCCACUGGCACAUCUCCUCUUUUUUUUCUCCCGACGGUCGUCGUCUCUCCUCAUCUAUCCGCGUCUUUCUACGUUUUCCCAUCCCCCCCCCUCUCUCCCCGUCCUCAUCAUCUUCUCUGGGAUUAAAAUUGGCCGCGGCCGGUUGCCGUGUGCUGGAGCGGCACUGGAGGAGCAGAGGCAGGAGGAGGGAGAGAGCGGGGUCUCGCCGAGGCAGCGGAAGAUGUGCGGUGGUUGGUGGUUGCGAGGCUAGAGGACGCCUGGGAGGACAGGCGGUCUGUGGAUGUAUACCUGUGGAAAAAAGGACCGCUUUUGUCAACAUCUGGGCCAGCUGCUGAUAAGGUGGGGUGGUUGACAAGGAUUUGCGGCACUACCUCAACCUGCGCUUCUCCAAGGGCUCAGUGGACCACGACCACCAGCAGAUCAUCAGAGACAACCUCUACCUCCGCACUGUUCCCUGUACCACCAGGCAGCCUAAGGAGGGGGAGGUGCCAGGGGUGGACUACAACUUCGUGAGUGUGGAGCGUUUUAUGGAACUGGAGCAAAGUGGAGCCCUGCUAGAGAGUGGAACCUAUGAAGAUAACUUCUACGGCACUCCGAAACCUCCAGCGGAGCCGUCCCCGGCAGCCCCUCCUCUGAAUGUGAGUGAGGCCCUGCUGCCCGGAGCCCGGCCAAGCGCCCAGGGCAAGAGAAAGAGGAACCAGUCAGUCAGCAACAUGGAGCAACGCGCCAGCCUGGAGCCGCCUGAGGAGGAGGAAGAGGAGAGUCCGGUUGUCAACGGCAACGGGGUGGCCAUCACACCAGAGUCCAGUGAACAUGAGGACAAGAGCACAGAUGCCUCUGGGGAGGUUGCUGUUGAAGCGUCCAUCCUGGCCCCAGCCACUGCUGAGCCCCCAACCGAAGGAGAGGAGGGCCCAAAGUCUCCCUCUAAAUCCCCCACCAAAGUUCCAGAUGCAGAUGAGGAGGAGCUGGGUCCUCUGCCUGACAACUGGGAAAUGGCCUACACCGAGAAGGGCGAAGUUUACUUCAUCGAUCACAACACCAAAACUACGUCGUGGCUUGAUCCUCGGCUUGCUAAGAAAGCGAAACCACCAGAGGAAUGCAGGGAGGACGAGCUGCCCUAUGGCUGGGAAAAGAUAGAUGACCCCAUCUACGGCAGCUACUACGUUGAUCACAUCAACCGAAGGACUCAGUUUGAGAACCCAGUCCUGGAGGCCAAGAGACGCCUGGAGCAGCAGAGGCAGAUGCAGAGCCAGGGACUCUCCGCUCUACCGCUACCCACAAUAUAUAGAGAGAAGCCGUUGUUUACGAGGGACCCCACCCAGCUGAAGGGCACCUUCCUGUCCACCGGCCUGCAGAAGAGCAACAUGGGAUUUGGCUUCACAAUCAUAGGAGGCGACGAGCCCGAUGAGUUCCUGCAGGUGAAGAGUGUAAUACCGGACGGGCCCGCUGCUCAGGAUGGAAAAAUGGACACAGGUGAUGUCAUUGUCUACAUCAAUGACAUCUGCGUGCUCGGCACCACACACGCCGACGUUGUCAAGCUUUUCCAGUCGGUGCCGAUCGGUCAGAGCGUGACCCUGGUGCUCUGUCGAGGAUACCCUCUGCCCUUCGAUCCCGAGGACCCGAGCGGCGCGGCCAGCACCUCCCUGACGCCCAUCGGCCUGGAGCAUCGUCCACUGGUGGUGAACGGGCGCGGCAGCUACGACCCGUACCUGGAGUACCUGUCGCUGAGCUCCCAGCUUCCUCCUCAGGCCCUGGCCCAGGCCGGAGGCUCUCACCCCGGGGACACGCACCUCGACGGCUCGUCCCUGCCGCCCACCACGCCCGGCUCGGCGUCGGCGCACACUCCUCACGACGACAACGUGUCGAUGGCCUCCUCUGGGACUGCUGGCGUUGCCGGGGCAACCUCGCAAGGGGCAGAGCUGCUAACGGUUACUAUGGUGAAAGGGGCGGAAGGAUUUGGGUUCACCAUCGCCGACAGUCCCACCGGUCAGCGAGUUAAACAGGUACUGGAUCCAGGCUCACAGGGAUCGUCGGGGGUGGUGGAGGGAGACCUGAUCCUGGAGGUGAACCAGCAGCCGGUGGCUGCAGCCGGGCAUGGGCGAGUGGUGGAGAUGCUCAAAGAGUGUCCUGUGGGAGCGGAGGCGACACUCCUCAUACAGAGAGUAGGAACAGGUCACAUCUCUCCGUGGAAGGCGUCCAAACAGCUGCCUGAUCAGUGGGAUCCACACGGCAGCCCUCAGACGAACCUGUCCGGCCCGGUCCUACCGCCCGGGACGCCCUUUCCAAACCAGCCCCAGCACCGCACAUCUGUGCCCGACUCCACCGAAGGCUUCGACCUUAACAAACCUGACCCGUACGACCUGUACGAGAAGUCGAGGGCCAUCUACGAGAGCAGACGUGAGUGCGGAAAACGUGUUGUCAGUGGGUGCUGGUGGACGCUAACGUGGUUUGUCAACCUUCACCGUCUGCUUGUGUGUGUGUGUGCGUCAGGCCCGGAGUACGAGGAGGUGGAGGUGCACCUGCUGAGAGAGAAGACCGGGUUCGGCUUCCGCAUCCUGGGGGGAGACGAGGCCGUGCAGGCUGUGAGUCCGGACGCCCGUGACAAGAUUGUUAUUGGCGCAAUAAUAGAGAACACUCCCGCUGAGCGCGAUGGGCGGCUUCGACCCGGGGAUGAGCUCAUUUCUGUGGAUAAAAAUGUGGUUGCUGGGAAACCGCACAAAUACGUAAUAGACUUGAUGCACGCAGCCGCCCGCAACGGUCAAGUCAGCUUGACUGUGAGAAGGAGAGUGCAAAUGCCUGGUGAACCGUGUCCCGUGAACGGCCGUAGCCCCGGCUCGGUGUCCACGCAGCACAGCUCCCCGCGCAGCGACGCCGCCUCGGCCUCGGGCCCCCCGGCGGUCAACGUCCCCGUCGCCACGUCGCCUCCGGAGGGAUCGGGCCUGCAAACCAGCGACGUGGUCAUUCACCGCAAGGAGAACGAGGGCUUUGGCUUCGUCAUCAUCAGCUCCCUGAACAGGCCGGAGAACGCCACGGUCAUCACUGUGCCCCAUAAAAUAGGACGCAUUAUUGAGGGCAGCCCCGCGGACAGAUGUGGGAAGCUGAAGGUGGGCGACCGGAUCCUGGCCGUGAAUGGACAGUCCAUCAUCAGCAUGCCACACGCAGACAUUGUCAAGCUCAUUAAAGACGCUGGACUAACAGUCACACUGCACAUUAUACCGGAGGAGGGCUCCCAUUCAGGCCCCGGCUCAGAGAAGCAGAGCCCCAUGACCCAGAAACACAGCCCACAGACCCAGCCCAGCCCUGUAGCCCAGCCAAACCAAGGUGGCGCCCAGUCUGUCCAAAUGGCUCCCCAGCAAGGCCAGACGGCCACUCAGCCAGGUCAAGCACCUGUCCAGCCUGGCCAGACACCAGCUCAGACGAACCAAACCAUGACCGGUCCUCCUGCACCAGCAGCCUCCCAGCCCGCACCAGCUGGAACCCAGCAGAGCCCGGUCACCCAGGCAUCUGGCCUCCCUCCACAGCUCUACCUCCAUGACGGCAGGUCAGAGGUAAAAGCAAGGCAGGACGUCAAGCCUGACUUCCGCCAUCCACCGUUCACUGACUACCGACAGCCUCCGGUAGACUAUCGCCACCCACCGGUGACUGAUUACCGUCAGCCACCAACACUGGACUACCGGCACCCGCCCGGUCUGCUGGACUUUAGACAGCAUCCCGCAGCCGCUCAGUUCCCUCUGGGAAUCCCCGCUGACUUCAGACCACAGGUAGAGCUAGACCAAGAACUGUCUGCUUAUGUUGACCGUACAUCCUUCAUUUCUCUGCAGGACUACGAUUACUUCACCGUGGAGCUGGAGAAAAGCGCCAAGGGUUUCGGCUUCAGCAUCCGCGGAGGCAGAGAGUACAAGAUGGAUCUGUUUGUGCUGCGUCUCGCAGAGGACGGCCCGGCCAUACGAAACGGAAGGAUGAGGGUGGGGGAUCAGAUCAUAGAGAUUAAUGGGGACAGCACUCGGGACAUGACUCACGCUCGCGCUAUUGAACUCAUCAAGGCGGGAGGCAGGCGGGUCAGGCUGCUGCUAAAGAGAGGCACAGGACAGGUGCCAGAAUAUGACUGUGCCGGCCCCUGGGAUUCCCUUUCUACAGCCCACUCUGCCCUGCAGGAAGUGACCCUGGAACCUCACCUGAAUCCAUUGCUUUCAUCCCAUCCAGCCUCAGCCCCAGAUUCCCCUCAUCAGGUCCCUCUAGAGGCCACAGUGUGCAUGGCAGACAAAGCUCCACUGCUGACAGACCACAGCUCCAUUAGAGGGGCUACAGGUGGCAGGUCCACCGAGCAGAAGUGCAUCAUUAGGGGACAGGGAACCCCUCAGGGGUCUGCAGAUGUUGACUGUGGACCGGGUGACAGGCAGCCUCGGGCUUUGCCUCCCAAGGCUGUUGUGGGAAGGUCCGUCGAAAGAAGAGAGAGGCAGAGGGACACUUGCUCCCCCUGCUGUGAGAGGAAGGGCCUGCAUGCACAGGCGAUGAGCACUGUCUGGCCCUGGGACCCUUAUGUGAGCGUGAAUCUGAACGGAGCCUCUCUGGGCAGUGGAGACGGACACGUCGGCCUCCAGGAGAGGCUCGUGUCCAGAGGCCUGUUCUCCAGAGAAGACGAGAAGGCCGGUGGCCAUGGUGGGCUCUGCUGCCCCUCCAAAACCAUGGAAGAUCCUCCAGCGAGGAGUGCAGCUGCCUCCCCGGGGCCCUGGAACAUCCCCGGGUCCGACAAACUGCCAGGCACCCUGAGGUCCUGGACCUCCACGGUCAGCAGGUAGAAUGGAUCUAGCUGGAUCGAAACCAGCUCACACUGUACGGUUCCUCAUCGAGUUCACCACAGGACACUUGAGAAACCCAGUAUAUGUCUCUUGCCCUCUCCUUCUAGCCCCAUUUCCUUCCCCAUCACAUUUUAUGUCAUAUUUUAUGUUUAAUUUGUUCUUCUAAGAUGAUUAUUACACCCACCACCUUAAAGAGCAGAGAAACUUUCACAGCUAUUGUAACAUACAGUAUAAACCUUGAAGGAAGCGCUGACGUCCUGACCGGAGCCGGAGCGACGAAGUCUGAUUGUGUGUGGAGCUGCGCUUUCAACGUGUACCUUUAACAGCGCGGCUCAGAUCGGUUAGCGCAACGCGGCCGAGAGACAGAUGUCCAUGCUAGAGAUUUACUUUUGCUCUAUUUUCUCUGCGCGGCGGAGAAAAAAAAUGGACUUCAAGCUCUGUCAGAUGGAAGCGGGCGACGCUGACGCCGACCCAGACGACAGCCUGGUUAAAACCCGACAUAUGUUAGAUCUCACACGCCUACCAAUAUAUCAUAUACUGUUAAUGUAAAGAUGAGAAAUAUGUACAUUUGGUUUACUCAAAAACAAACCUCUAAGUGUUUUUGGGGCAGUGUUGUAGUUAAAUACAUUGUAAAAAAAAAAACAAAAACAAAUAAAAAAAAAAUAAGAGAGAGAGAGAAGAAACCCAGGAUCAUAUUUUAGGAUCAAUAUUUCCAUGGCCUCGUCUAUAACUACAUAUCAAAGACUGUGCCAGUCACCAAACCCAGACUGCUGAGGGAGGCUGCGGCGGCGGUGGUUUUGGUGUGUGCAUGGAUACAGACCACCAUGUCAUCAGACAAGGACUCACAUGUCUUUUAAAAGUAGAGGACUGACCAGUCGCCAUCCACGUGACACUAAAAGGAUCUUCUUUUCUUUUUUCCAUGAACUUUUGGAGCGACUGAAAGCGGUCGGCUUACUAAGAACUCGUGAUACUCCCCUGAGUCAUGUACACACCUUGAUCCACAAACGCAGUCAUCGUGCUGAACUAUAAAGCCGUGUUGUAUUCAUUUAAAGCUCAAAGUUUUUGUCCCGUCUCUAUUUCCCAUUUCUAUGCCUUUUAACUGUGCUACGUGUACCACAUCACUGUGGGAGAGGGGCAUCGGUGCGGGGGAAGAGGAGGCCGAUGGUUGUGAGGUGGGGCGGAGUGCCUUACUCAAACUAAUGCAGAGCCGAGUCGGGAUUCGUUUUUGGGAACUGAACGCAAAACAGAUACUGGUGACCGUGCACACGCGUCAGCAGACCGCUGAGCCGUGGAGGAUGCUUUAUUCUUCGGACAUAACGCCAAGCAGUAUAUAUAUCUCGAUGCACUCUGCUGUACAGCUUAUCAAUGUCAAUGAUUGCCCUCGUCCCUGAGUGUUUUAAAAAAAAAAAAAAAGGGACAAAUGUAGCCUGUAGCAUCACGUCCUCUUCUUAGGCGUCCUCUAGGAGUGUUUAUCGAGACAGGGUUUUUAUCGAAGUGGACCAUCGUUUCUGGACUUUGUCUUCUAAAGACGACUCGGGAGUUUGCGUUGUGACACAGUGGCAACACCCGCCGCGUCUGAACCUGAGGUUUCAGAUGAUCCGUGAGGCGCAGAUGCUUCGAAAAAACGUGUGUUUUAAUCACAAGAUGUUGUCUCCGGCAGGGGUCGAGGCAUGCUGCUAUCAGACCUGAGACACCCGAGAUGAAGUCGCUCUCCUCCUGCAUUCCUCCAUUUUGAUAGCAUCCCUUUGUUCUCAGCGACAUUUACGCUCUCAAUUAAAAAUGAACCACUAGAGCUCCUUUGAGUACCGGAGGACCGGAUGAGUUUAAAAAAUAAUAAUCACAACGCUUUUGUGACGAUUUGACUGAAUGCAGCAUGACGGCACAUCCCGAGCUGCACUUGUAAACCGCUGGUGACGUGCUUUCGGCGGAGCAAACGCUCCCGCAGAUUUUGGGACGCUGGUCAGACGGCGAGGAUCGAGCAUCACCAGGACACCGGGUGUUGAUCCACGAGUAAAAAAACGUUGUCCGGAUGUUUCCGAGCUGACCGAUGAAACUGAUGUGAUGAUGAAGUGGUUUAAACAUAGUAGCGAGGAGCAUGACAACAUGCCGUUUAGGCUGUAGAAAUGUGUUUACUGUUUGUACCAAUGUCAAAGCUCAGAACAAGCUGAAGGAAUACGUCGUCCAGCCCUCUUGUCUCCAUCCAGGCCGCCCCCCCCUCCCCCCCUGCCUGCUGUGACUGAUUUUAUAUACAGAAACAAAAAAAAAUCUAUGUAUUGGAACUUGUGAAGGAUGGCACGUUCAUAAACCCCCAUUGAGAUCAAGUAUAACUGUGUAGUGUUAAUUGUGUACUAUUCACCUUGUACAGCUGUAUUCCUACAAAUAUGGUUUACUGUAUCAUUGAUACUGUAGUUUCAAAGACGUGAACAACUAUUUUUAUGAAAUGCGACAGUACUGAUAUAUUACAUUUUGCUAAAAAACAAAAAACUUGUUUACUGAAAGAUAUUCUGAAAUACUGUCAAAUAAACUCUUGACAUG